GUAUGUUUGAUAUUUCCUUGCUCUUCUGCAUGACAUAACUUCUAGAAUAUAAUUCACCACUGGGUAUAGACUUGUGUAAAACUUCUUUGGGCCUCAGUGACUUAACUGUCUGAGAUUUAUUUUUAUGUUGUUCUUAAAACAGUCUGGUGAUAAUGAAUCUUCCACCGAAAACACCCCAGUACAUGAGAAGAAGAGACUGAACCAGACCCAAUCAUUCAAUGACAUGAUGCAUUUUCUGGCAUUGUAUACCAACUUCUCCUCUGAGGUCAGGAAGCAACUUGGACAUGAAUUUAAGGAUUUCAUUCGUUCCUGCACCUUCAGUGGAAAAUCCUGCUUAAAUGAAACACUGUACUUUAACCAUGUCGUAAACAGUGCUUUUGGAAAUUGCUACACUUUCAGUACAGACAGAAAAACUGUCAUUCCAGGCAGAGAUUAUGGACUGUCCAUGGAGCUUUAUCUGGAUCAAGAGAAUUACCUGGGAGCAGGUCUGAGUCCACAGGCAGGAGCUCGACUUGUUGUGCACAGUGGGGAGCAUCAGGCCCUGCCAGAAGAGAAUGGCAUCACAGUCUCUCCCCAUACCGCAACUAGCAUUGCUCUGCUGGAGGUGCGAAUUAAACGUCUGAAACUGCCGUAUACUACCAACUGCUCUACCACUUGGGAUCAUACUUGGUAUGGAGCUCGGGUGAAUGGUGCUUUUGCUUACUCAUCAGAGAGAUGCCAAAGGAUUUGCUUGCAGUUUGCUUUUGAGGAGAGGUGUAACUGUUCGCAUCCAUCAUACAUGGACCUGCCAACAGGAUUUGUACCAUGUAAUCUCAUCUCAAGCAGUCUUGCUUAUGGUUGCUCAACAGACAUCUUGGAAGAAUUUGAAAACCAGAACAGACUUUGCAGUUGCAACAUGGAUUGCAGGGAGAUAAGUUAUGAGACCAAAAUAUCAACUGCAAUGUGGCCAACAGACAAUUACUGGUGCAAUCUAGCAAGUAAAUAUUCCUUGAUUGAAGAAUGUGAAAUAGCUGACCAUGAGUACGGAGGUAGAUCACACCAUCAAGAUAAACUGAAGAUUCAGAAUAACCUUCUCAAGAUUGAUGUUUAUUUUGAGAAUCUAAGGGUCAAGUCAGUUGAACAGAGUCCAACUUACAAGGUGCAAACAUUUGUUGGUUCUUUGGGUGGUGCUCUCAGCUUAUACCUGGGAAUUACACUGCUAAUGUUGGUUGAGGUUAUGGAAGCACUGUUCCGCCUCAUCUAUGGUUGCUGUGUGCAUUGCUGUCGGAGGAUGUUCACACCUUCACAGGUCUUUAAACCCGAUGUGUCAAAAUUUCACCAUCAACACCGGAAGACUAAAAUUAAGAUUGGCAGCAAACUACCACAACCAGUUUUCUUUACAGGUACAACAUAUAAAUUUAUUUCAAAUAUCUUGAUUUUAAUCUUGCUUCACUAAUUUAUAAAAUGACUGUUCAUAUAUCUGACUAUAAAUUCGAGUAGUAUUUUAUUUUAACUAAUGCAUAUGUAAGUACAAGCAGUUCUAUCACAUUCUAUCUUUUGACUCCAUCUGCAAAAAUUAUUUACCUAUAUGAAAUUCUGUUCAUAGAAUAUAAUACAAUUUAAUAUUGGACAUACAUGUUAACUAUAAAUUUAUACACAGCAUUUUGGGCAUAGAAUAAUAGAAGGUUUUUCAUCUUUUAUUAAUGACAUUCCUUGUCGUUCUGGAAAAUAUUAAAAAUUCAUUUGUAUAAAAUUUACAUGAUAUGUUAUGUACUUGAUUGCAGGUCGAUUUACUCCACCACAUCGACCAAUAAUCAGACCCAGAUAUGUAUGGUGAGCUGCUGAAAAUAUGCUAAAUAUUGAUGCAAUUUAAUAUGAAAUUUGGAUCUUAAGUUGGAAUGUUUAAACAUUCUUGUAAAAUUCAACACACCAGCUAGUUUUUUCGUGUACUUUACACCAGAUGCAUAUAUUUAUUUUUGUCAGUUUUAUGUUUAUCAUUUGUGGAUGUCAUAUUACAACAUAAAAUGGCAGUUAAACAAAGUAAUACUUGUAUGCCACAUAUUCAAAUAAUAUCCUGACCAUUUUCAAAUGUUAAGUGUUACAGCCAAAAGAAGUGGGGCAUAUUUUAUUUCCAUCACUGAUUAUUUUAUAUGCCUUUUGACAUAACACAAUAUGGUAAAAUUGUACAGUACUGUACAUAAGGUUCACAUAUUAUAAACAUUCACCAUUCUUGUUGUCCACACUAGACACUGCAGUUUAACAUGGUUCAACACGUCGUAAAAAGGGAUUUAAUUUAAGUUGGAACUGAAUCAUAGAAGAAAAACAAUGAAUAAAAAAAAACUCUUAAAAAACAAUAGAAGAAAUAUAUCAGAACUUUGAAAGCUGUGUUUAUAUUUGUCUGUAUGAAAGAAUUUAAACCAUGACAGAAUCUUUACAUAAAAAUGAAAACAAUUAUAAAAUUUUGGGUAGGCUAAAAAGAACAAUGUGCGGUGUAACCUGUAUAUGCAACUAUACUGACAAACACUGAUAACAGAAAAAGAGGGACAAACUGAUCUGCUGUAGAAAACUGUUGGUUAUAUGUCAUUGUGAGUUAAGGAUAUUUCAAUAAACGAGUAUUGUCACUUGUUUAAUGAUUAAAUACAGGGUUUGGAUUGGUAAUUUGAUUUACUGAGCUCUUACAAACUGUAGUUAUA